AUAGACUGUAAGUUCCACCACACUGGACCGACCAUGGUGACGCGAGCUGCGUUGUUGCUGCUCGGACUCGCAGUGUACUCGUGCCGGGCAGAGAUCGCUCCACCCACCCUCAACAUCAGCCUGGACGACGACCCAGAGGUGCGAUGGGCGCCUCUAAUGGAAGUCUUUGAUGCAGACUUCCUAAAAAAAGCCGCCGCGGAGGUCAUAGACUCCACUGUUCCAAAAUGGGUGCAUCAAGCAGUCAAACCCAUUGUAGUGGCCUUGGACAAGUACAUUCCCCAGCCUUACGCAGGGGAGAUCCGCGGCCUUGCAGAACACUUUGGAGGAAGCCUUUCGGACAUCAUCAUUCUUAACUUUGCCUAUGAAGUAUCAGCAUUUUGCACCAGCAUCAUAGCCCAGGAUAAAAAGGGACAUGUGUACCAUGGCAGGAACCUUGACUAUCCACAUUCGGUUUUGAGGAAUCUGACAGUCAACCUAGUUUUCCUCAAAAAUGGACAGGUGGCCUACCGUGGAACUUCAUUUGCGGGUUAUAUUGGCCUGUGGACAGGACAGAGUCCGAACAAGUUUACUGUGUCUGGUGACCAGCGAGGCACUGAACAUUGGUGGAACUGGUGGAAGAAUCUGGUGUCUGCUUUCCUCUUUCGGAGAUCCCCAGUUAGCUGGUUAGUUAGGCAGACACUGGAAGAAGCAGAGGACUUUCCGGAUGCAGUCAUGCGUCUUUCCAAAAUUCCCAUCAUCACUGGGGUGUAUUACAUUGUGGGUGGUGUGCGAGCAGGGGAAGGGGCGGUCAUUACUCGAGACCGGACCGGCCCAGCUGAUAUCUGGCCCCUGGAUCCUGUUAAUGGAGAAUGGUACAGAGUGGAGACAAACUUUGACCACUGGCGUCCCCCCCCUACCAGAGAUCAUCGAAGAGAAGCAGCAAACAUAGCACUAAAUGCUACUGGCCAAGACCACAUCAACAUGGAGACACUUUAUCAGGUUUUGUCUCUGUUUCCAGUGUGUAACGGAAUUACAGUUUACACAACAACAAUGAGUGCAGCCUCUGACACAUACAGUACACUUGUCAGGCCAAAGGGCUGCAGGCCGACCUGAAAGACACAGAGCAGUCCGCACACAGACUGAUGCUGCAGUGGCCUUCUGUUUCUGAACUUUAAAUUAUUUACUUAUCUGCAGGUUUCAUGAUAAUGUGGAGAUUGUAUGACAAAUGGAUAAGAGAGGGAAUUUUGAUUUCAACAUUUUUCGGAUGACAGUGCUCCUCGAUAUCUAAUAAAACAAAAUGUUGACAUUUUUGUCAUAUUGAUCUGGGUCCGUGUACGAAGUAUAAUUCAUUUGCAGUAGUUCAUGUUGUGUAAUAAAACAUGCCAGUUAUAUAUAUGUUGUAUGAAUAUAUGUUGACGCACGUUAAGUUUGCAGGUGAGGUGAGGUACUUGUGGUUUAAAGUCGGUUUACACUUUUUAAUACAGGGGGGAAGUUUUAACGUUGUUCAAGCCGUUUGGCGAAGAAUAUUCACUGAAAUUAGCAGUUUGAACAGCAUUGAAAUACAUCGCUCUGCUGCAUUAUCCAAUCUUGUUUAAUCUGAACUUCGUCUACUAAGUGGAAAUGACUUGUUGACACAGUUUUUCUGUCUUUCGUAUGUGCUAGUUCCUUCAUUUGAUGUGGCUGAAAGCCUGCACAAUAUGCUGCAGUCUGUAUCACUGAUCCCUGUGACCUACAUCAACCCACACAACCACCUUAAACUGGCAUGUUUCAUUGUACAACAUGAACUACUGCAAAUGAAUUAUAGCCUACUUCGUACACGCCCUUGAAUUGAGAAACUAUUUAAAAAUGUUAAACACAGAACAACUUCAAUAUGCUGAGGGAGAAUGAGGCGCCUUGAAUUGAAUUAACUGAAGUAUGAUUACUAAUCAUUACCAGUUAAUCAAUACUAAACUUCACUUUCAAGAGUUUGACAAGGCCAGGCACAAUAGGAAAUGUAAAAGUGCAUACAAAUGUGAAAGGACUCCUGUACAAAGUGCUUUAUCUUUUUAAAUGCAAUGGAUAAAGAAGUUAAAGAAGUACAGGGGAGCCAUCUUAACUUUUUUUUUAUUGAGACUGUAUGGAAUUCUUAACCUGACAUACUAUAGUCCUGUAAUAACACAGACAUUACAGACACUAAAACGCUUAUAACAAUAAAUGCAUCCACAAUAAAAGUACCCUUUUUUAAAAUGCAUUAUUAAUAAAAUAAAGAAGUAAUCAGAAGGUUU